AUGCUUCUCUUAGACAACCACUUCCCUAUGAAGAAGCUGGUGUUGAGCCCUUGGUUACUGCUGCGUCCACUGCUCGAAAGAAAAAGAUUGGAGAUUAUCGAUGGUCUGCCUAACAAUGCAAUGCGCCUAUGCUCCAUCAAGAAACUACCAAGUCAUUGCGAGUUACUCUUUUAUGGACAGGCCCUUAUUAUGAACCUCCCUACCUCUGAGAUGGUGCAAUCAUGCUUUGUAGCUGAUCAUGGAUCUGUCAAUGUUGUACUAUCAUCUAAGUGGAUGGCCAAGGGCAUUGCGAGUAUGCUUACCAAUGGAAUUGACUCAUGGGCGCCUACACUUCCGGUUAAGAGAGCCGUGGUUGAUUUUUGCUCUCCCAACAUUGCAAAAGAAAUGCAUGUUGGCCAUGGAAGAUCAACUAUCAUCGGUGACUCGCUAGCUCGCAUGCUCGAGUACUCAAACGUUCACGUUCUACGCAGAAACCACGUCGGUGACUGGGGAACAAAUGUUGGCAUGCUGAUCGAGUACCUCUUUGAGCAAUUCCCUGGUUCAGAUGGUACGGCCGUGACAGCAAUUGGAGAUCUUCAGUCUCUUUACAGAGAUUCAAAAGCGAAAUUUUACUGGGAUCCUGACUUUAGGAGAAAGGCACAACUUGCUGCGGUCCGUCUACAGGGUGGAGAUCCUGCUUACCUCAAGCCUUGGGCACAUAUUUGUGAAAUCAGCCGGACCGAGUCUGCCAAGGUUAUUAAGCGCCUUCAAGUUGAGCUUGAAGAAAAGGGAGAAAGCUUUUACAAACCUUACAUCGCUAACAUGAUUGGAGACUUGAAAAGCAAGGGGUUGGUUAAAGAAAGUGAUGGUGCUCAGGUGAUGUUCAUCAAAGACUUCAUGAUCCCACUCAUGCUGGUCAAGAGCGAUGGGGGUUUUACCUAUAACACAACGGAUAUGGCUGCUCUUUGGUAUCGGCUUAAUGAAGAGAAGGCUGAGUGGAUUAUUUAUGUAACAGAGGCUGGCCAGCAGGGGCACUUUGAUAUGUUAUUCAAAGCUGCCAGAAAAGCAGGUUGGCUUCCAUCCAAUGUUAAAACUUACCCCAGAGCUAGCCAUGCUAGUUUCGGUAAAGUCCAUGGAGGAGGUAACAAGCAGUUUAGAAGUCGAUAUACAGAUACAGUCCCCCUAGUUGCUUUGUUGCAUGAGGCCAAGGGUCGCAGUAAAACUGCCCUUAUUAAGCGUGGUUAUGACAAGGAAAUGACACUUGAUGAGCUGGACCAAACAGCUGAGGCAGUUGGUUGCGGUGCGCUGAAAUCGACAAGUUAUACUUUCAGCUAUGAUCAAAUGCUUAGUGACAAGGGAGAUACAGCUGUUUACCUUCUUAAAGUCCAUGCUCGGAUCUGCUCAGUCAUCAGAAAGUCUGGCAAAGACAUAGACGAGCUGAAAAAGAGAGGAAAGCUAGCGUUGGAUCAUGCAGAAGAACGGGCACUGGGGCUUCACCUGCUUCAGUUUACUGAGGCGGUUGAGGAAGCGUGCACCAAAUUGUUACCGAACGUGGUGUGCAAGUACCUCUACAAAUUAUCUAAACAGUACACCAAAUUCUAUUUCAAUUGUCGGGUCAUUGGUUCAGCAGAGGAGACGAGCCGUCUCCUACUUUGUGAAGCAACGGCCAUAGUCAUGCGGAAAUGCUUCCACCUUCUUGGAAUAACCCCUGUUGACAAGCUUUGA